CAGUGGUUGAUCCGGAUCUAGACGGAGCAGACCUUUGAUCGGGGAAACAAUGUCGAGGCUAUGGGGGAGAGUAGCCGGAUUAUUCAGAAGCAAGAGUUUCAUCGGAGCAGACAUGACUGGUAACAAGUACUUCUCCAGAAUGGAGCAGAUUGACGGUCUGGUGAAGGAGAAAAGAUGGGUUGUCUUUAGACGAGAAGAGGACCCAACCUCUAUUCCUGUUGAAUGGAUAUGUUGGCUCAAUGGGCAGCGAAAAAGAGCUCCUACUCCAGAGGAAAUGGCUGAACUUGAUGCAAGGCGUGAGCGAGUGAGGCUUAAUGUUGCUCUUCUCAAGAAAGAAGAGGAGGAGAAGAAAGCCAAAGAAGGAACUGGACGCAAAAUCACGAGCAUCGGUAAAGCUGAGGGUCCAGAAUUGACAAGCUUUGUUCGCCAUUUCCCAGCGGAUUCAAAAGGUGAUAAAGCCGAGGAAGCUAGUAAAGAAGCAGAUCAAUCAAGGGUCAAGGAACAUGAAUCCGAGAUAGUUACUGCAGAACCAAAGACAACAGAGCCAUCAGGGUCUGGAUCAUCAUUUAGGCCCGGGACAUGGCAGCCACCAUCUUAAACAUAUCUCAUUUUCACGUAGAUAAACAACCAACUGAUUCUUUGUGCAAUCGUCUGUUUGUUUGUUGUAGUCUACGUAAACCAAUUGGUUCGAGAUGAUUAAAAGAGCUAUUAAGGACCCUAAAGUUGUGAUUUCUGAUCCCACAUCAAUGAAAUGCAAUUAUUUA